AUGGCGAUGUACGUCCAAACCAUAGUCACACCAAUAAGCCAUAUCGCUAGCUCAGCAAAAGCUGCUGUUCCCGCCACGUCAACUUCCGUACUUCCAAUUCCCUACCCUGCCUCAACCGGGAUCGUUACGCCAUCCGCAACGGCAUUGGGUAGUGGUGGAACAUCAUCUUCAGCUACUUCGGCUCAAAGUGUCACCUACGCCAGUGGCUCACCCGUCUCGCCAACGCUACAGGAUGUUCAGGUUCCAUCCAUCGCACCCAACGCCAGUGUCGUCUCUUCUUCUACCUUGGUUUCUCCAGUCUCCAAUUCACCAGCUCCUCCGGUUUCUUCAACUUCGAGCACCUCACAAGGGUCGUCUUCUCCUUCCCCUUCACCGAGCGCGGCAUCACCAUUGGGCGGCAUUAUGCACGGCCAGGCUACAUCUUAUGAUGGUGGCGAUGUAGAUGGAACUUGUAUGUUUUCAACUGCGGGUUACAACCUUCCCGCGGGAAUUUAUGGCGCAGCUCUCUCAGUAGACAACUGGGAUACUUCUGCCUACUGUGGUGCUUGCGUAUCUGUAACUGGUCAAGAUGGAAAGUCAGUUAAGCUCAUGAUUGUCAAUCAGUGUCCUGGCGACUGCGGUUUGAACCACCUUGACCUACUGCCCAAUGGUUUCACCCAAUUGGCUGAUCUCAAAGUGGGACGUAUCGACGUGGACUGGGAGUUCGUCAAGUGCGAUAUCCCCAGUCCCCUCUACUUGAGCACCCAAUCCGGAUCAUCCAAGUACUGGUUUAGUAUGCAGGUCGUUAAUUCCAAUGUGCCAGUCAAAUCUCUUGAGGUUAGCACCGAUGGUGGCAAUACGUGGCAACCUACUACGCGGAGCGAGUACAACUUCUUCCAAAAUGCCAGUGGUUUUGGCGUUGAUUAUGUUGACGUGCGAAUUACCAGCGCCACAGGCGAGACGAUUAUCGUUAAGAAUGCCAAUUCUGCAGGAGAGACCCGAACUGACAGUACCUCAAAUUUUUCUUGA